AUGCUUGCAGGAGACCCGAUUCAUCUACGGAUAGAUUGUUUGCCUGCUCUCUCUCCUCAUCGUGCUGUUGAGGGAACUGUGCCUGUCCUAGAUGCUCUUGGUGCUCUUGAUGUCUUUGAUAAUCUGAUGACUGCUGCUCAGGCUCUGGCUGCUCAUCAUGCGAGCAGCGAUCCAUGGAGAUCAGUGGAGAGGAUGAAUGUGGAUCGACAUAUUGGUCACGUUGCUGUGGUUGCAGUUGCGGUUGUGGUAGUGGCUGGGGUUCUUGAGGGUGACCAUGAUGAUGAGGAGAACGAUAGCGAUAGCAUCGGUGAUGACGUAGUCCGUGUGGUGGACAAAAGAAUGGUGAAUAAUAAUACUUCUGGGGAUUCAUGGACAUGGACGGAUGCUGAGGACGCAAGGAGUGCUGCGACUUUGAAGAAGGAUGUCGAUAGUGCCUCCUUGGCCUUGGAUGACGAUGAUAUUGGAUCGGCAACAAAUCCGUGGCCUGCGCCUGUGCCCUCAGGCGACUUUGGGAACGACUUCCGUGUUCUGGUAGGCAAUGCAAAUUUGACACGGGUACCACUGUCACUCUGUUCCUCAGCUGCACGAAUCCGUGCCAAGGACUCUUCAGAUGCAAACACGGCCCGUUGUGAACCUUGCCUUGACAGCGAUGAGAAUGGGCUUGGAUCCAUAUUCAUACGGUUGUCCUCAGUCUGCUCACUAGAUCUGCCACCAAAUAGUCCUAGUCUCUUGCGCACAAAAUCUCCCCAAGGGAGUGGAGUUGUCGGCGUACUGGGCAUUGAUGAUAAAGAUUCCGCUGCAGCGGCGCUUUCUCCUUUAGUCGGAGUGCUAGGCUCGACAGGUAAUGAUGAUACUACUGCUGCCGCUGCAGGGGGCUUUGGAGCUUCUGUUGAAGCAAAGUUAACUUCCCCGUUACUCAAGCUGAACCCACCGGACCCUUCUAGUGCGCUGGCUUCGACUCUGGUGCUCCACAUGAUUGACUUCUUAAACUUGACUUCUGUAAAGCAUUUGAUCCUGGUUUUCUCAGGAGCUUCCCAGCUACAUGACACUGGACCAGAUGGAGAUGGAGAUGGUGACGGUGACGACGAUAGUGGUAGUGACGAUGCCAGAGCAAGUUUGGAUACUACUUCUGAUAUUGGAUCCGUAGGGUCCGCAGUAUCACCAAUUUUGGUGGCGUUUCCUGACAUUUCCAAACGAGCAUCUCUACUUCCCUUUCGAGUAUGUACAGCGACCCUACUUUGUCCAUCGUUGGGGCUGGGUUGCACCGCUGCGUGCGCUGUCGAGGACGAAUGGGAGAUCUUGGUUGUAGUCAGCGAAGGUGAUAGUAGCACAGGUGGUGGUGUACCUGAGCGAGCACCGUCACUACGGAUAGGAUUCGACGAUUGA